AUGAUCAUGCCAUCCUCCGUUUGCCGUCUCCAUCUUUCAAAGCUUUCCGCCAUAGUUCGAACCCUCGGCCAUUUCAAUGCUUCUUCUCUGGCACAACCGAAUUUGGAAUUGCUUCAAGGCUGUCUCCGCAGGCCAAAUCCGAUUCCAGUCCUAUCGAAAGCAUUUAAUGUAUACAGCUGUAACGUUGAGAUAACAAAUCUCGGCGGCUAUGGCAAAGUCAAAGAAGCAAGGAAUCUGUUCGACCAAAUGCCUGAACGGGACGCUGUCUCUUAUGCUUCCAUGAUUAAUGUUUACUUGAAGAACCACGAUUUUCCCAAUGCAGAGAAGCUCUUCCAGACGAUGCCCACAAGUAGUCUUGUUGCUGAAUCUUCAAUGAUUAACGGCUAUGUGAAAGCCGGCCAUAUAGAUGAGGCUCGUAAAGUUUUUGAUCGCAUGGAAAACAGAAAUGUGUACUCUUGGACCAGUUUGAUUUCUGGGUAUUUCAGUUGCGGACAAGUUGAGGAGGGUCGCCGGCUUUUUAAUCAUAUGCCUGUCAAAAAUGUGGUCUCCUGGACUACUGUGCUUCUGGGUUAUGUCCGCAACAGCAUGAUUGAUGAAGCUCGCCAUGUUUUUGACCUUAUGCCUGAAAGGAACACCGUCUCGUGUACCAUUAUGAUCAAGGCUUUUGUUGGGAAUGAUCAAUUAGAUGAGGCACUUGAUCUCUUCAAUAAUAUGCCGCAACGUAACCUAUAUACUUGGAAUAUCAUGCUCUCAGGUUAUCUAAAUGCGAAUAGAGUAAGUGAAGCCAUUGAACUCUUUAAUUCAAUGCCUCAAAGGAACGCAAUAUCUUGGACAACUAUGGUUACAGGUCUGGCAGACAACAAUAUGGUUGAACUUGCCAGGGGGUACUUCGAUCGGAUGCCUAACAAAGAUGUAGCCGCUUGGAAUGCUAUGAUCACAUCAUAUGUUCACGAAGGCCUCAUGACAGAAGCUAGUGAGCUGUUCUAUUUGAUGCGGGAAAGGAAUAUUGUUACUUGGAAUGUGAUGAUUGGUGGUUAUGCCAAAAGUGGGUCCAGAGGGGAAGCCUUAAAGCACGUAAUUCUCAUGCUUCGGUUUUGCUUUAGGCCUAACGCAACUACCAUCACUAGCGUAUUGAGCUCAUGUGAGGGCAUGAUGGAGCUCAUGCAAGCUCAUGUACUGGUCAUAUCUCAUGGGUUUGAUCAUGACACAUUAGUUGCAAAUGUUCUUGUUACUAUGUAUUCCAGGAAUGGAGAUGUUACCUCUGCUAGGCUUGUUUUUGAGCAUCUUGGGGCUAAGGAUGCGGUAUCAUGGACUGCAAUGAUAUUAGCAUAUUCAAACCAUGGAUAUGGUCACUAUGCAUUACAGGUCUUUGCACGCAUGCUACGAUCAGGAGCCAAGCCAGACGAGAUUACUUUUGUUGGAGUCUUAUCAGCUUGUAAUCAUGCUGGUCUUGUCGAGAAGGGUCAAAGGCUUUUCAAUUCAAUGUAUCUUGCUUAUGAUUUGAAACCAAAUGGCCAGCACUAUUCCUGCCUUGUAGACAUCUUAGGCCGAGCAGGAUUGGUGGAUGAGGCUACACGGGUGGUAUGCGAAGAAAUGCCUGCUUGUGAGCAGGAUGCUGCUGUUCUAGGGGCAUUGCUUGGUGCAUAUAGGUUGCACGGUGGUGAUGUUAGAAUGGCAAAUCGUAUAGGUAAGGAGCUACUAGAGUUAGAGCCAGCCAGCUCAGGGGCUUACGUACUCUUAGCUAACGUGUAUGCAGCACAUGGGAAGUGGGAAGAAUUUGCUCAAGUAAGAAAGAAGAUGAAGGAGAGAAGAGUGAAGAAAGUUCCUGGUUUUAGUCAAAUAGAAGUGAAGGGCAGGAGCCAUAUAUUUUUUGUUGGGGACAGAUCUCAUCCUCAGGCCGCUGAGAUUUAUGGACUGCUACAAGAGAAGCUUCUGCCACAAAUUUGUGAGAUGGGAUACUCAAAAGGCAACUCAUCUUUCUUCUGUAGCCACCAAAUAAGUGAAUCAUAA